AUGUUCAACGUCAGGCGGAUUUUCCUCUCCGCCCUGCUCCUCCUCGGAGUGAGCAUGGUCUUCCUCGCCCAGCCCGCCGAAGCUGCCAAGGGCCCCAAGAUCACCAACAAGGUCUACUUCGACAUCACCCACGGCGAUGAGCCAUUGGGCCGCGUCGUCUUCGGCCUCUACGGAAAGACUGUCCCCAAGACCGCCGAGAACUUCAGGGCUCUCGCUACGGGAGAGAAGGGCUUCGGCUACGAGGGUUCGACCUUCCAUCGUGUCAUCAAGCAGUUCAUGAUCCAGGGUGGUGACUUCACCAAGGGCGAUGGCACUGGUGGCAAGUCCAUCUACGGCGACAAGUUCCCCGAUGAGAACUUCAAGCUCAAGCACUCCAAGCCCGGCCUCCUCUCCAUGGCCAACGCUGGCAAGGACACCAACGGCUCGCAGUUCUUCAUCACCACCGUCGUCACCUCCUGGCUCGAUGGCCGCCAUGUCGUCUUCGGCGAGGUUCUCGAGGGUUACGAUGUCGUCGAGAAGAUUGAGAAGGUCCAGACUCAACCUGGCGACCGCCCCGUCAAGACGGUCAAGAUCGCCAAGUCCGGCGAACUUCCCGUCCCUGAAGAAGGUAUCCACGUAGAGCUUUAA